AAAAUGAAGACGUCUAAUAAUUCUGUUUAUCUAUGUGUCCUAUUUCUGACUUUCAUCCUCGCUCUUUUGCCCAUCGUCAAAGCAGCAUGCAGCAACUCGGCUGUCUUUAGUGACUGUAUGGACCGGGCAUCUUCAAGUUUAUCUACUUGCUCUUACCUUGAUUAUAUUUGUACAUGUGACGCUUACGGAGAUAUUUCGAGAUGUUAUUUGCAAUGUACCGACGACCCCACCUACGCAGUAUCGGCUUCAGUGUUUAAUCCUCAAGUUUCCUCAAUCUGUUCUCUUGCUGAAAGUGUGAAGUCUACCAAAUAUACUAAACCAACUCAAAUCCCGACAUCAUCUAUUACACCAGCUGCUACAGCUCCUACUACACCCACACCGACACCAACCGGGACUGCUUCGAUUUCUACCACUAGCAAGA